ACGGAGGAGUUCGAGCGAUGAGAUUAGUUUGUGUGCAGUGUCAGGUGGUUUAUUGCAUCAUAUGAUUUUUACGGGUGGAGCGGGCUCAGAAAGGCCUUAAAUCCGCAAUGAUUUGACCCCGACUGAUGAUGAAUUGUGCGCGAUUGAUGGAAAUUAUUUCACCAGAAGUGAUUUGCCACGCCUUCAUUCUCUGCUGCCCCCGUAAUCUGGAACUCCCUCAGCCGUACGUGCUGUCGAUUCCCUCUUCCCCCUGUUCAAGUCCAUAGUCAAUACCUCUACAUCUUAGCCUAUGACUGCCUGCCUCCACAAAACACGCGUGCCCACCGCAUCCGCACAGCGCCGUGCAGACGCGGUCGCAAUUCGACACCACACAAAAUCCAUUUUGUCAUUGCGUUUAAAUGUCCGCUACAGUCGUGACCUUGCGAUACCCCGUUUCUUAUCCGCGUGCGCCCUCUGCAGACCGUUUUGUGAAACCACAUACACGCCUCAUGUGACAACACUUGAACGCGUCUCUCUGCAACUCGUCACCUCCUCCACAGUGGCCGCAUUCGCCCAUUGCGUAAUAUGAAAUAGACCGCACCGCGUGCCCGCCUGUGCGUUGCGAAUCACUUGAGCAAGUUGUCCAUCCCGCACUGUGUAUCCGUCGGUGAAAUAAACCAACACCACCGCCGUGGGUAGGUCGGCGUGGCGGUCGCCCUCUGCUGCCAUCAUCUGACCGCUGCUGCAUCCCUCCCGAUGUCCCCCUCACUCAUUAAGCAAGUAUAUCACGUCCCCAUUGCCCCGGCAACCAGCAGGCAUCCCAGGAUCCUCGGCCAGGGCUGCCCGGGAUUGGCUGCCGAGCGGUGUCAGGGAGAGGGGAAGGGCAGGGCACCGACAUCAUCAGCAGUAGCAGCCAGGAGCAAAAUCAGAGGCAGCAUCAAUCUGCAGCAGCUUCACAGGCACAGUGACAUCAGCAAGCAAGCAGCAGCAGCAUCGUCGUCAUCAUCAGAUGCAGCAGACGGCAGCAGCAUCUCAGGCAGCAGUGACAUCAGCCGCAGCAGCAUUACCGUUAUCAUCAUAAGCAGCAGUACCAGCAGCAUCUUAAGAGGCAGAAUCAGCAUCAGCGGCAACAGCAUCAGCAGCAUCACUGGCGGGCGUGGCUGGAACGAGGGAGGAGGAAGAUCGGGGAAGAGAGAGAAAAAGAGGAUUCUUGAUGCCGGACUAGUAAGACGCCGCCUCUCUCUUCACUCCUCGGCCAUGAUACUGGGUGCAGGUGGGCCCGGCAGCAGGUGGCGCUCCUUGAGCACCUGUCCCCCCGGCUCCCACCGGCGCUGAGGAUCCGGCCGCGGCCGCCGCCGCAGCCGCGAUGCCGGACAAGAAACUGAUGCAGGACGACCCGGGCGACGCCAGGGUGGGGAACCGGAACUUCUACGGCAACGCCGCGGACGGCCGCGCGUUCCGCCCCGUGGGGCCGGGCCCGGUGGGCCGGGCCCUGGUGGGGGCGUUCGAGCGCGAGCCGGCCGGCUGGGCGGACGAGGGCGGCUGGUACGAGCGGCUGCCCCCCCUCUACGCGCCGGCCAACUGGGGGGCGGUGCUCAACCUGCCCGAGAUCGAGGAGUGGCUGCGGCGCACGGCGGAGCGCGUGCGGGACCUGGCGGAGUUCGUGCAGCACGACACGAGCAACCGGCACAUCGACUUGCACCUCGUGCAGCUCAAGGACAUCAGCGAGGACAUCUCGAGCCACGUGGAGGUGGUGCACGCCUUGCUCGAGACGGCCUUCCCGCUGCGUCUGCUCGCCGUCUCCGUGCAGGUGUUGCUGGACAUCCAGGCGGCGCACCUGCUGUGGCACCAGCUGCGCGUGUCCACGCUGGUGCUGCGCGAGCGCAUCGUGCGCUGCCUGCAGGACUCCAACGGGAACUUCACGCGCCAGCCCGACAUCCUGCAGGCGGUGGGGGGUGGUGGGGGCGAGCACAGCUGCCUCGAGUCCAUGGGCAGCGUGGAGGACCUGCAGAACCUCAUCGUCAAGUGCUCCAAGAAUUAUUUCUCGCUCGACUGUGGCAUCACCGCCAUCGAGCUGUCGGACUACAGCCCCAAGGAGGAGGAGGCGACCUCUCCGCAUGCCGACCCCGACCCUGAUGGAUGGGAGCCGCUCGAGGCCGACGCGGUGGCGGAGGAGGAGCAGGUGAAGGAGCAGGUGAAGGAGCAGGUGAAGGAGCAGGUGAAGGAGGAGGUGAAGGAGGUGAAGGAGGAGACGCCGCGUUUGACAGGUCCAGGUCGGCGCGGCCGCCGCGAGCCACAACCGGACGGCGGGGCCGGCGGCUUUCCCGGCACGGCCGACGGAAGCCGCCCGUUCGCGUGCGGUUCGACCGAGCGGCAGGAUCGCGCCGGGCACGGCAGCGUUCAUCCCGAGGCCGGUCCGCCCCAUAGCGAGCGCGUGGAGGAGGACGAAGUCGGCGGACGCGCCGGCAAGACCGACGCCCCGCGGGGACCGACGGCCGUCACGGGGGCGAGCGGCCGCGUUCCCUCCGGACGCACGGAGGCCGCGCACGACGAGCGUGACCGCUCGGACGGAGAGCGGCGGCCGGGCGGGGGUCGGCGGCCGGCGCUCUCCGCGACGGGUUCUCAGGACCCGGCGGCGGAGUCCGCCGCGGAUUAUUCGCAGCGUCGGCCGAGGCGGCAAAGUGCGGUGGCGGCGGCGGUGGCGCCGGCGGGGAGAUUCUCGGCACCGGAGGCGGGUCGGCCGCUUGGCGUCUCGCCCGGUUGGCCCUCGUCGCCGCCACGUGGAGACGCGCGGUGGGACACCACUUCUUCGACGGAGGGUGGCUGCGAAUAUUUCCAGGCGUCGUCGUCGUCGGAUCGAAGCAAAGGCGACGAGGUGGACGGCUCCCAGGGAGGAGGAGGAGGCGGCUCGUCCUCGCGUGCCGCGGAGCGAGAUGACGAGCGUCGCCCAGGUGACGCGCACGUAGAGGAGGAGGAGGAGGAGAAGAAGGAGGAACAGGAGGAGGAGGAGUCCUACCUCACCCUGUCGCACAGCGCGAGUCUGACAGCGGACGACGGAGAGCCUCUGGAAGUCGGAGGCGACAGAGGCGGUGACCCCGGCGACCUCGGCUUCUCCGGCGGCCCCGGCGUGUCGCCCCACGACCCAGCCUCCCCUCCACGCCGCGACUCUGCCGAGUACCUGGCGCUACUGACGCCGCCGCCGCCGCCUCGAUUCCACGUGGCGGCGAGGGACCUGGACGAUUGGGAGCUGUCGGAGGCGGCGUCGGACCCCGGCUCCCCCGAGCGGGGACACGGCACUCCGGUGCCGUGGGACGAGCCGAGCCCCGACGCCGAGGCCGGCGCCGGCGCGGUGACGGGGGGCGGCCGUGGCGCGGGCUUCACCGGGAAGCAGUUCGGUGACACGUUCCCGGACGCGUCGUCGGACGACGAGCAGGAGGGCGCGCGGUUCGCCGCCACCGCGCCGGCGCUCGCCCGCCCGGGAGCCCAGCGACUCCGCGAGGAGCUCCGUGGCUGUCUCCGGGGACACCCGGACGCCGACGUCGCACGCAGAGUCGAGCUCUUUGCCCAGCGGCUGGGGGAGCUGGAGGGCUGGGUGGAGGCAGCCGCCGGCGCCCUGCACGAGUGGACGCCCCCCCAUGACCCCGCCGACGCUCCGAGCCCCCAGCCGUUGCAGCUGAACCCGGACGCUCACCGAGCGGAGAAGGAGCUGGUGCUGGCCGAGGGGCUCGCGCUCCUCUCGCUGCCGCAGCUCGACCAGUCCGGCCUGAAGGGCGAGCUGGAGCGCGUGGAGCGCCUGUGGCGGGAGGUGAGCGAGGGGGUGCGGAGGGCGCGGGACGACGGAGGCGGCCGCCGCCCCGCCGACGGCAUCACCGGAGACCACCCUACCAGGACGGAGGGGACGAGGCCUGACCAGCCGCAGGAAAAUGGCCCCGAAGCAUCCGAGAAGCGGCUGCAGUGGCAGGAAGUCGACAUCACUGUCUCCAUGGAGGAGGGGGACGACGAGGAGGAGGACGAGGAGCAGGAGGCCACGAUGCGCGAUCUUUGGGCCUGGUUGUGCAACGUGGACGAGGCCCUGGCGGGGACGGCUGGAUGGGGCCCCCUCGCGUCUCCGCGCCACCACCAGAGCCUCCUGAAGGUGUUUGGCGCGGAGCUCCCGCUGUGGCGACGACGGGUGGAGCGGAUCGCCGUGCUAGCGGCGGCGGGGGGUCAUCGGCGUGGAGGGCUCCACGCCCGGCUCCGGCCUCUGCUCCGCAAGUGGGACGCGGUGCAGGCGUUGCUGGAGGACACGUGCCCCCCGUGGGAAGGCGGCGGCUCGCCGGCCAUCCGGGCCUUGGUGGGCGCCGACGCGGCCGCUCUGCUCGCUCGCCUGGGCGUCGCCGUGCGCCACCUGCGCCGCUGGCUCCUCCACGCCGAGCAGCUGCUGCUGCACGCCGCGGCCGCCGGCGACGGAGACCUCGCCCGCGACCUGGACGCUCACGUCGGCCGCUUCAAGUCGCUGUGCGCUCAGAUCCGGCAGCGGCGCAGGGCCAUGGGCGCCCUGCUGCGCCUGUGCCACCGUCUGCUGGAGCACGAGGAGAGCGCCGCCGGGAGCGACGGCAGCGGCCGAUCCCCGCCGCAACCCUCGGCUUCCGCACUCCACGGCACGUGGCCCGGCGCCGCCGCCGCCACCGCCACCGCCGCUGGGCCACCGCAAAACCCGGACGGCGCCCCCGGGCCGACGGACCGGACUCGCGCCGAGCCUUCCGCGAGCGACGAGCUACGGCCUUGCGGACGGACGGUUCCGGCUCGCGAGCCCCAGCGGCCGGAGGUUGCCGGCGCUCCCCGGCAAGGGGGCGGCGAGGAGUGGGUAGAGGCGGCGGCGGCGGCGGAGGAGGCCGGAGAGGAUGGCGAGGUGCGGCGGCUGGCGGAGGGAAUGGAGCGGCGGUGGGAGGCGCUGGUGCUCCAGGCCGUGCACUGGCAGUCGCGGCUGCAGCGGUGCUGCACGCCGGAGCAGGCGGCGCUGCGGCACGUGGACGCGUCGCUCGCCGACCUGUGCUGCUCGAGCGACGAGGCACUCGAGUGGGACGAGACCGACCUGGACAACGAGCUCAUCACCUCCACCUUCGAUGACGACGGCGAGCACGACGAGGAGGAGCACGCGGACGACAACCCCACCAGCGCGUACUUCUCCGCCUCGGCGCCGCGCGGCCGGGCUCCACGGGCGAUGACGAAGGAGAAAAACGACGAGGAGGAGGAGGAGGAGGAAGGGAGAGCAAGAGGAGGAGGAGGAGGGAUGUCGUACGAGCCGGGCGGCUCGCUCGUCUACCAGGUCUACAGCGUGCACGACGUUUCCCUGGACGCCGACCCCACCCUGCCGCUCGGUGGCGGCCUCGGCCUCCGUGGGCCGGGCAAGGCCAAGGGUCUGGUGAAGAGCGCCAGCAAGGACUCCUCCUUCUCCUCCACCGAGUCGCUGCUCAACCUCCUGGACGGGCUGCUGGGCGACGGCUGGGGCACGCCGGGCGCGAUGGGCGAGUGCGAGAGCGGCAUCGCGAGCGAGGGCGACGCCGCCACGGUGUCCGACUCGCGGCCGUCGGGCGACGAUGCGGCGCCCGGCGGGACGGGAGACGUCUGUGCCACGACGGGGGAGCGCUGCCUGGAGAAGGGGGACGCGGCCGACGAGAGGCGAGCGUCGCGGCGAAACCGCCCGGACGAGGACGAUCGCGAGACGCCGAACCGGCCGGCGAGGCCUCUCGGCUUCUACGACAACGGCCACUUUCCAGGAGAGCUGGGGCGUCCGCCCCACGUGAUGACGUCCGCGGGGUUUUCCGGGGCACUGGUCCCCGAUACGCAGUCGCCUCUUCCUUCUCUGCCUCGUUAUUGUCUCCCCUAUCACGAAGACCCCGGGGCGGAGGAGAAGGUUCUGCCGCUCCGUGACGCCGGCGCCGGUGCCGCCGCCGCCGCCGCUGCGCCAGAGCCGCCGAGCCCCACGUCGUCGGCGUCGCUCACGGAGGACGAGCGCGACCUCCCGUCGAUGAAUUCGUCCGCUGACUCCACGUGCAUGGGCGGGGAGGAGUGCUACUACCACGGCGGUGCGCCGGCGGACAGGAGCGCGGCCGCGGGGGUCACCGCCGCCGCCGGCUACCUCAGCGAGGCCACGCUGGAGCUCCUGCAGCAGCUGGAAAAGGCGAGCGGCCGCGCGGGCGGGCGAGCGGCGCGCGGCGCGUCGGGCGCAGCGCCGCAGAGCGCCUCGGCGCGGCCCGCGGCGCCGGGCUCGCGGCCCCCGCCGGAGGGGAGGCCCCGCGGGCGCGAGGACUCGGCCGCCUCCAUCUCGGAGCCGUCGGACGGGAGCUGCGAGGACGUCUCGCUGUCGUCCGAUGACCGCGGCGAGCCGAGCGCCUCGCCGCCGGAGGACGCGAGCGUGAGCAUGAUCGUCAACAUAUCGGGCACGUCCGUCUGCUCGGACGACGACGGCGACGACGACACGGACCUCCUGUCCAGCUCCACCGUGACCCUGAGCGACGAUGAAGACGGCGACAACGGCGGCGGCGACGAGGAUGGCUUCUGCGUGGAUGAGGAGACCUCGUCCAGCUCAGGCAGCUGGGACGAGGAUGACGACGACGACGACGAUGACGACAGCGACGACAGCGAGAGCUUCUCGGAGGACGAGUGCGCCGCCACGACCACGGGGAACCACGGCUUCUACCUGCGGCCUGCGUGGGAUGUGACCCACCUGCAGGGCCUCACCGCGGUCCUCGGCGAUGGCGGCGGCAACGGCGCCGCCGGGCGGCCGUUCGGAACGUUCUACGCGCGAUUCUCGCGUCCCGAACCGCUGGCCACCACCCUCGUGAACCCGUCGUGCGCAGCGCACGAGGGUGGCCUCCUCCCGCCCGGAACGUUCCAGGGAGCGGCCGACCCCAGCUCGGCGAGCAACGCCGACUUCGAGAACGGCAACGUGGACGAGUCGCCGUACCUGUCGCCCUUCGAGGAGGACAGCCUGUGCUUUGAAAACCCGGAGGGGGAGACGCUCUACGCGCCGGAGGGCCGGCCCAUUUCCCAGAGGGACUUUCUUGCCGAGAAGAGGAACAAGAAGAAGACGGCGUCCUUCGCGCAGGCUGCGGUCUCCGCCCGGGCCGCCCGGGAGGACGGUGCAGAGCACGGCGCCGCCUGCGCGGCCGGCAAGGGCCACCGCCUGGUCAAGAAGUCGCACCAAAAGUGGAGCCACCCGCCGGCCCGCGGGGACGAGCUCGCAGGCGGCCUCCACUUCGCGACGGGAGACGCAGGCGGGGCGGAGCUUUCGCCGCUGCCGUCGCCGCCGCUGCCACUGCCGCCACCGGGAAGUCGGUCGUGGCGCUCGGCCGAACCCUCCGUGCUCCAACCUACGACUCCGAUGCUGCCGGUGCCCUUCUCCGCGACGAGGGAGGCGGGCGGCGUCACGCGGAGCAGCUCCGCCUCGUCCCUCUCCUUCUCGCGCAUCUCGGACGUCGGCCCGGACUCGGUGGAGAUCGACUGCGCCGCCGUGACGCUGCCGCGGCCCCGCGCGGACGCGCUCACGCUGGCGAUGGAAGCGCAGCUGAGCUGCUUCGAAGCGACAAUGGUGGCACCGCUGCGGCGGCGGCGUCGGGAGGAGGAGGAGGGUGAGCUCGCCUCCCCGGAGACCGGCACCGCGAGGCCGGCGCGUGGUGUGAGCCACUACGUGACGGAGAUCGUCGAGAUUGCGUCGGCGGCGCUCGUCCAGAUGUCCGCGCAGAACGGGGGCGGCGGCUCCAUCCUCAACCGCACGUCCUCCUUCAGGCAGAGGAGCGAGCGGUUGAAGCCGGCGCCGCACGCCGGCGAGCCGCGCAAGGCCACCGCGUACUCCUACGUGGCGCUGCGUGACAGCGAGUGCACCUGGGAGCUGAGCAGCUGCGACGACGACAUGUCCAGCACGCCACUGCUGCCGCUUGACGAGGACACGCGCUCCGAGGAGGACGGGGAGCGCGGCGUUGCCGCCGAAGCACCACAGCCAGGGGCCGGAGCGCCGUCGGCGUCCCUGCCGCCUCCUGCCGGGCGGCCGGGCGCCACGAGCGAGACGGAGAUGCGGGGGACGGCCGGCGUUCCGGAGGAGGCCGCCGCACCGUCACCCGAGGGCUCGGCCCCUCCGCUGCUGCCGCCUCGCCGGCCGCUCCCGCCGCUGCCUCCACCCCGGAACCCCCCGCCUCCCCCGCCACGCCGAUCCAGUAGCCUCCCGCAUCCGACCGGCGCUCCCGCGUCUCCCGCGGUGUCUUCCGUAACGUCUCUCACGGGAUCUCCCGCCGCGUCUCCCGAUGGAGCGCCGCCAGCCUCUCCCGCCACGUCUCCCAACGGAGCACCACCCGCCUCUCCCGCCACGUCUCCCACCGCCUCUCCCACCACGUCUCCCAACGGAGCACCACCUGUGUCUCCCACCACGUCUCCCAACAGAGCACCACCCGCCUCUCCCGCCACGUCUCUCAACGGAGCACCACACGUGUCUCCCACCACGUCUCCCAACAGAGCACCACCCGCCUCUCCUGCCACGUCUCCCAACGGAGCACCACCCGCGUCUCCCACCACGUCUCCCAACAGAGCAUCACCCGCCUCUCCCGCCACGUCUCCCAACGGAGCACCAUCGGCGUCUCCCGCCACGUCUCCCGCCCCGUCUCCCGCAGCGUCUCCCAACGGAGCACCACCCGCGUCUCCCGCAGCGUCUCCCAACGGAGCACCACCCGCCUCUCCCGCCACUUCUCCCAACGGAGCACCAUCGGCGUCUCCCGCCACGUCUCCCGCCACGUCUCCCGCAGCGUCUCCCGUCGGAGCGCCUCCCAUGCUGGAGGAAGAGGAGGAUGAGGAGGAGCAGGAGCAGGAGCAGGCGAACCGGAGCCUACAGAGUCUGCAGCAGGAGGACACCGGCCUGGACGAGAACAGCAACAGCAGCCACCCGACGGAGCGGAGCGGCAAGCGGCGUUCCCCCAAGCCCACGGGUGGCGUCGGGGUCGCCGCGUGGACGCGAGGGCAGGACCGCAACAAGAACGACCUCGUCGCCCCCGGCAACGGAAACACGGGCGCCACAACGGCCCCCAGGCGCACGCAGCAGGACGCCGUCAUCGCCGCUGUGAAGCAGCUCACGCCGAGGACCGCGAGGCUCCGCGCAGGGCCCACGAGACCCUCGGAGGGGCCCGCGGAGCGCGGGAAAGGCUCCCGGGGCCUGGCCCACGUGGGGUCCGCACGGCAGGGCCACACGGCAGCCCCCGGCGGCCGUCCCGGAGCCAAACUCCCUCCCUGCAACGCGGGAGGGAGGCCCAAAGCCCUCCCCUAAGCGCCCAGCAUUGGCCUGCACCCUGCGUCGCCUCCAGGUCCCGUCGACGCGAUGACCCGAGCCGGCCACGGCCACCUCGACCCCCGGGGAGGAGCGGAGAUCGGAGUGGAUGAGGCGGUGUGGCCAGGACCCUCGGACCCCCCAGGCUGCUACCUCCGUGACCCCUCACCUACAAGGGAUUGCCCCGACCGGCCCUGCCCCCCCCCCCCCCCCCCCAUCGCGCGCUCGCGAAUUUCAUCUCGGGGGGCGGAGGGGUGGCAGCAGCGUCGGGUUUGGAGGAAUCUUGCGCAGGGAGGGGGUGCGGUCGUCGUCUCCAUCCGAUGAGCAUGGCGCAGGGGGGAGAGUGUGCGGCAGCUGUGCGGGCCGUGCAGGUGAGCUGGGUUGUGUAGGUGAGCUGGGUUGUGUAGGUGAGCUGGGUUGUGCAGGUGAGCUGGGCUGUGCAGGUGAGCUGGGUUGUGCAGGUGGGCUUGGCUGUGCAGGUGAGCUGGGUUGUGCAGGUGGGCUUGGCUGUGCAGGUGAGCUGGGUUGUGUAGGUGAGCUGGGUUGUGUAGGUGAGCUGGGCUGUGCAGGUGAGCUGGGCCGUGCAGGUGAGCUGGGUUGUGCAGGUGAGCUGGGUUGUGCAGGUGGGCUUGGCUGUGCAGGUGAGCUGGGUUGUGCAGGUGAGCUGGGCUGUACAGGUGAGCUGGGUUGUGCAGGUGAGCUGGGCUGUGCAGGUGAGCUGGGCUGUACAGGUGAGCUGGGCUGUACAGGUGAGCUGGGCUGUAUAGGUGAGCUGGGCCGUGCAGGUGGGCUUGGCUGUACAGGUGAGCUGGGCUGUACAGGUGAGCUGGGCUGUACAGGUGAGCUGGGCUGUACAGGUGAGCUGGGCCGUGCAGGCGUGCCGGGCCGUGCGGUGUAGCGAUGCCGCACGACGCGAGCGGUAGAUCGAUCGGUGUUCGCCCGCGGGCCCUCGCCACACAGGUCCGGCACGGCCAGGAACCAGGUGCUGCGCUUACUCGAAAUAGCGUGCGUGUGGGUGUGUGCGUCUCCGUGUAUCUUUGUGUGUGUGCGUGUGUGUGCCUGUAUCAGUGUGUGUGUGUCUGUGGAUUUGGCUGUAAUCGCACCUUCUGCUGAUGUAUACAACCUGGAGGUAACCCCCUCACUUACACACGGUCAUGGAUACACAAUCACCGACGUACAGAAAGGCAAAGCUUCCUAGUAUAGCGUCUAAUAGACUGUUGGGGCAAGUGCUGUUAGUGGACACGUCCCACGAGGGGGUGGUUGGCCAGCACCAUGGCCCUCCGCGUUUGUCUCCCCGGAACUGAUGUUUACACACCGCAUCAGGUACUCAUUUAAGGCUGAGUCGACCUCAGGGAGAUCUAGGAACCGAUUCAGAUAUUCAUCAUCGAUGCUGUUGGCCGUGAGCGGGAACAACAACUCGGUUCGCCGAGCUUUAACGCAGUGCGCUAACAAUAGCUCCACUUCUCCCGACUGAUUCACAUACACACUUAUUCACACGUACAGACAUAUCUCACAGAAUUAUAAACAAACUGGAACACUCCCACACGCAUCCCACGCCUUUGGAUCGCCAUCAUGUCCAUCAUCACAAUCAUUACCGUCAUUGCCGUCAUCAUCACCGUCAUCAUCACCAUCGCCAAUACACCAUCAUUGCCAUCAUCACCAUCAUCACCUUCAUCACCAUGAUCAUCAUCGCCACCACUAUCAUUCACCAAGGCCCCAUUACCACCAUCCAUGCCCUGCUCUGGCACCCCCAGUUAAUCGCACUGGUGACUGAGCAGGUAUAUUGAUAUCCCAUACAGGUAUAUUUGGUUGUUUGACCUUCACACUGACCACGACCGGUUUAAGUAUCACUCAGACACACACACACACGCCAACACGGGUACAUACGAACGCACGAAGGUCAACACAAACUGUUGCGGCAAAUGCCGUUCGUGACCAUGAAUCAAACUCUGGUCACAACGCUCACACACACACAGGGCCCCCGUUGGUUUUAUUUAACCAGGUGGGACCACACGAGGUCAGGCCAGUGAGACAUUGGUCUGCCCACAGCAGCGGGUGGGGGUGUGAUAGCGGCGGGGGGAGCAGUGGUUGCAGCUGUGUGUGUGUGUGGGCGCGAUCCCAAUCGACUCGCGUGCGACGAGGUGCUCCGAUUCGACAAAAGACGCGGACCCCUGCCCGCGGCCGGCACGCGAUGGCCCGCCUCUUGCCAACGACGUCACGGGGAACCCCCUGUGACGCCCGCCGAGAGGCGGACGGCCCGCGUCGGUCGCGUGGAUCUGGGUUGUUGUGCCCGCGGUAAUAACCAGGGGCGGCCGAUAGAAUUCGAGCCGUGAACCUCUU